AUGUAUGUGAAAUGGUUUGAUACAGUAAUGUUUUACUAUGUGAUUUUAGUGAAUGUCACUUUUUGUCAUUUUCAAAUUUCCCGCCGUUCUGUCCCCCGUACGUCCCGACGCUCGCAGAGGACGGAACCCAGAUGACAGAUGUCGGCAUCCGCCAGAUUACAUUGCCGGGGACACUGCAGGAGGGACAUCGCCGGGGGCGCAGGGCAAGGUAAGUGAUCGAGGGAUCGCGGAGCAGCGCUGCAUGGUAAGCCCGAGUGUAGCUCGGGGUUACCGCUUGUGCUACACUCGGGAAUACCGCCAGGGGGGU